AUGGAAAAAAAGGAAAAUAACAAUUUCCCAAAUUUCUUAGAUGAAAAUGAAAAGAACAACUAUGUGAAAUGUGAAAUGAUAAAAAGUAUGAACAGGCGAGGAAAAGAAAUACUUAUAAAAAUGUUAAAAAUAAAAGAAAAUGUAAUAUAUGAUAAUAUAUUAAAUAUAAAUAUAUCAAUUAAAAAUAUUUGGAUAUAUAUGGAUUUACAAUGUACAUUUUCUUUAAACGAUUUAAUACUUAUUUCUCGGACUUUUAAAAAUACUGAAAUAAUAUAUGAUGAUAUAAGUUUUGAAGAUAAUGAAAAACACGAAAAAACAAAUGAAUCCUUAUUUGAUGAAGAAAAAAAACCCAAAAAUAUUUUUCUAUAUUUUCAAAAUUAUAAAAUCCGAAAAAAUGUGGUUAAAAUUUUUUUCCCCAAAACUCACACAGUUUGUUUUAUUCAUAAAAAUGGAUCAAUACAUAUACAUGGCUCAUUAGUUUUAAAAAAACUUUUACUAAUAUUAAUAAAAGUUGUUAAAAAAUUAAAAUAUAAAACAUUUUGGAAAUAUACUAAAUGUCAAAAUAAAAAAAAUGAAUUUAAUCACAAUAUUUAUGAAUUAUGCACCUUUCCAUCACUUUUAGAUAAAUCUUUUCAAAUAGACACAGAAAAUUUAUUAAAUGAAACUAAACCAAAACAAUUUGAAUAUAUUAAAUCAUCGAAUAUGAUAGAAGGUACUAAAACACAAAACACAUUUAAUUCUGCCUCUUUUAUCAAUAAAAAUUUAAAUCAAAAGAUUGAACCAAUAAAUCCAGAACAUUCUUCAUCAAAUUUAAAUCAAAUAGACAUGUUAGUGGAUGGCUCAAAAGAACCUAAUCGAAUUAUAAAUAAUUGCGAAAAUAUUAUCAAAGAAAUACGCGAUAAGAUAGAUAAAUUAAGCCCUUUGAAAAAUUAUAGCACUACUUUUGAUGAGCUAAAUAAUAAAAUUGAAAAAAAAAAAUUGAAAAAAAUCGAACAAAAUUGCAUGAACAGUCAUAAAAAAAUAACUCAUAAAAAUUCUGAAAAAAGUGACUUUUUAUGUUUUGAAGAUAAUUUUUCCGAUUUUGGAGAAAAGGAAGAAAAACUUUUGCUCUUGAAUAGUAAUAAUGUCAAACAGAAUAAGGAAGAAGACUUGAAUUUUUUGAAAAAAAAUAAGAAAAUAUAUAAUUGUGGGUUAUCCAAUUUUAAUACAUUAUAUGAACAUAACACUGGCGAAAAUUAUGAUUCACAAAAUAAUCAAGUAAAUAUAAAAAAACAAAUAAGAAAUAAUUUAGAUUUUGAAAAUAUUCCUAUAAAUAAUGAGUGGGAUACUAAUAAAAUUAGCAAGAAAAUUAUAUACAAAUUUAAUAUCCAUAAUAAAUGGACAUAUAUAAUUCGUGAUGAUGUGAUUUUUGAUAUGACAAAAUUUAAUAUUAAACAAUUAGUAUGUGUUUUUAAAAUUAAAUUAAAACAUUUUGAUAUAACACGAAUUUACAAUUAUAUUGAAUUUAAAAAUAUAUUAACUGAUAUUAAUAAUAUUGUAUAUAUAAAAAUCGAUCAAAAUUUUUUAAAUAAAUUAAUUUCACAAACAAAUUUAGAAAAUUUUGUUAAAAAUAAUUUUAUACAAAACUAUCAUAUAAACAAUAAAAAUUCAGUUAGAACCGUUUUGCUAUUUAGCUCUGGAAAAGUUGUCAUUUAUUCCUGCAAGGAUAUUCAUGAAGUUUUGUCUAUUUCAAGAUUUGUUGUAAAUGCCUUAAGACGAAAUAAUAACAUUAUCUUUGAAUAA